AUAGUAGUGGGAAAUUCUUGCUCCCAGCUAAAAUAGGAAAUGCCCUAGAUAUUUCCAGGAAUUUUAGGGCAUAACGCCGGCGAUCACGUACCACGUCCUCCGGCGACCAUCCGGCAAUUACACCAUUCUGCUGUGGUCAGGUUUCAUUUCAAGUGAAGUAUAAAAAAGGAAGUUGCUGGCUGAUGGAGCAUACUCUCAAUGAUAAAAAACCAGAGGCAUCAUCUGAUGGUGCCUUUCAAAUACCCGGGGAACCUGCUGUUGUGAUAAACGGGGUCCCAAAUCUUAAUGCUGCUCCUGAUUGUCCUGCUCGCUCUGAUGUUAGAAGUGAUGCAGAAUCAAAUGCUGAUCAUGGGCUUGGUGAAUGGUUAGAAGGAAGGGAAGUUAAAAAGCUGUUUGGAGAGAAGUAUUAUUCUGGCAAGGUGACUUAUUUUGACCGAGAAACAAACUGGUACAGGGUGGUGUAUGAAGAUGAUGAUUUCGAAGACAUGGAAUGGCAUGAGUUGCAGGAAGUACUUGUGCCUGUUGAUAUUGCAAUUCCACUGGAUGAGUUAUCACUGAAGUUCCUCAAUCAUAAGCACUCUGUUCCCAAAACUGCUAAAACCAGUGGUAAAUCGAAAAGAUCUCGCAAGGCAAACAAUCAAGUGAAAGAAAGAUUGGUAUCUUCAGAUGCUGCUACGAACACAACGGAUGGAAACCAGAUAAAGAGAAAGCGGGGAAGGCCAAGGCUGCCGGAGCAUAUGCGUAAAUCAAAUUUGAAAAAAGGAGAAAACAAGUCCUUGAAUCAGAACAGUGUUGGCGAAACAACUGCAUGCCAGAAUAAUAACGUUGAGCCUAAAGCAGAAGAAUCGGGAACUGUAGUUGGGGAUGUGCAGCAGGGGUGAACUCAUAAUGCUGCACGAACUUGGGACUCAAAAAGGUUUGCUUUCUGGUCUUUGUUGUCAUGAUCAUGUAAAAUGAAGCUGGAUUAUGAGGUUGAUUUCUUCCCAAAUGUUUCUCGAUCUAUGAAUGUUAUAAAUUUGACUAAGAAUAAAAGGGGAAGAAGAUCAAAGGAACAAAUUGUGCAUUUUGCUAGGGGCUUGAUAAUUUAAUAUGCUCAAGAAACCUUCUUAAUUCGAGUGAA